GAACAGAGCAGAGAUGAAUGUAGAGCUAAAGGAGGAGAGCUGGUUAAGAUAGACAGCAGAGAGGAGCAGACUUUUCUGGAGAGAAGACUGAGAGAUGCAAUGACUGAAGAUGAGGACAAGUUCUGGAUCGGACUGACAGACUCAGCAGCAGAGGGCAGAUGGGUGUGGGUGGACGGAUCAUCACUGGAUCAAAGUUUGAAGUUUUGGUGGGGCAAAGACCCAGACAAUUGGAAAGGGCACUAUGGGACACAUCCUGAUGGAGAGGACUGUGCAAGGAUGGGAGAAAAAGGUGGAACUAAAGAUCUGAAGUGUUGGUUUGAUGCAUUUUGCUCAAAUCCUCACAGAAGUAUUUGUGAGAAAGCAGGAGUAAAAGGGUAAUUUAAAAAAGUAUGUGUCUGAAAGUCAUUUCAGUCUGAUAAACACCAGAGUGAUGCAGGUUUUCAAAGUAAUGUCACAAACCAAAAAAAUUAACAUAUUAACAAAAUGUGAAUAAUAUUUUGCAUCUGAUAUUAUUUUUUCCUUUUUGAUCUGAUUAUUAUAUACGAGAAAUGUGAGAGCACCUGUGAAAUGUAUUAUAUAAAGUGUUUUCAAUAAUAAAAAAAAAAAUCAAACAAUUUGGAUACCCUUGAAAGGAAAAGGGAAGGAAUGUUGUGUUAAA